AACCCCACUGCAAUUUUUAUUUUAUUUUUCCACGUUUUAUUCCGUUUCAGAAUUCCAGUACAAAAGCAUUACGAAACAUUUAAUUUCUCCAAACAACAAUAAUUACUGUAAACCAGUGUGAAACAAUUGUAAUAAAGGAUGAAAUUCGGGAAAGAAUUUAGUAUGCAUUUAGAAGAAACCCUACCGGAAUGGAGGGACAAGUAUUUGUGCUACAAACUCUUGAAGAAGCUCCUCAAGAACAUACCUGCCGGCGAUUCUACCUUGAAUCCUUCGCUGGUGGACGGCGAUGAUACGGUCCCGAUGCUGCCGUUGCAUACGCUGCAGGAUUGGUUCGUUGGGAUUCUCAACGACGAACUCGAGAAGUUCAACGAUUUCUACGUCGAUAAAGAGGAAGAAUUCAUCAUUCGCUUCCAGGCGCUAAAGGAAAAAAUUGAUUUAGUAAUGGAGAGGGACAGCGAAGAUGGAGCGUUUACCUCGGAGACUGAAUUUAGCAAAGAGAUGAUGGAAAUUCGUAGGGACUUCGUCACCAUUCAUGGGGAAAUGAUUCUGCUAAAAAAUUAUAGCUCUCUAAAUUUGGCAGGUCUGAUUAAGAUUCUGAAGAAAUAUGAUAAAAGAACUGGGGGAUUGUUGUGCCUGCCUUAUACACAGCUCGCACUUCGUCAACCGUUUUUCACAAUCGAACCUCUCACGAGAUUAGUUAUCGAGUGCGAGGCAAAUAUUGAACUUCUCUUCCCGCUUGAAGCAGAAGUUGUUGAAUCUGCUACCAACGAACGCGACAAGACAGGCACAGAGCCUGCUAACGAUGUUUCAAAUAUUUACAUGGAGACAUCCCCGUCCCUCGAGGAAGCUACAGGUAUACAUCGAAGCAUCCACGCUGCACUGAGAGCCAUCCAGGGCCUUAGAAAGGCGAGCUCUACGAGCAAUCCCUUAUCAUUUUCGUCUCUCCGUGGAAGCCAGGAUAAUGACGGCACGGGUGCUGUAACAGUGGAAAACUCGCCUUGUGACCCUUUAGAUGCUUUGGACACUGAGGUGGAUGAAGAUGAAGAUGAAGAUGAAGAUGAAGAUGUUGCCGGCUCCCCAAAAUAAAGUGUCUUUUUUUUCUAUUUGUGUAUUGAUGAUUUUGAAUAAUUUUUCAAUGGCUAGGAAAGAUGAAUUUUGCUACUCUUCCAUCUCUAUAUAUCCUAUAUGUAAUAAGAGCGGUUUUUAAAGAGUAUAUUAUAUUA